AGGGAGGAGGGCCCGAACGAGCUGGGUGCCGCCGCGGGAGGUUCUGGAAAAGCCGGGAGCGGCGCGUGUCCGGGCGCGGAGACUUGUGCCUAAUUAAUUAAUUCAACAAACGGACCCUUCUGCGUAUCAGAAACUGCAAGGAGUUGCUAGCCCAGUGGGGCAGGCAGACUGGAAGACCAGGAAAGGCCAGGCCCCGGGCAGUGUGACACUGCCCUCUGUGACCAUGAAACUCUGGGUAUCCAUGUUGCUGGUGGCCUGGUUUGGUGUCCUGGGCUGUGUGCAGGCUGAAUUCUUUACUUCUAUUGGGCACAUGACAGACCUGAUUUAUGCAGAGAAGGACCUGGUGCUGUCCCUGAAGGAGUACAUCUUAGUGGAGGAAGCCAAGCUCUCUAAGAUUAAGAGCUGGGCCAACAAAAUGGAAGCCCUGACCAGCAAGUCAGCUGCUGACCCUGAAGGCUACCUGUCCCACCCUGUGAAUGCCUAUAAACUGGUGAAGCGACUAAACACAGACUGGCCUGCACUGGAGGACCUUGUCCUGCAGAACUCAGCUGCAGGCUUUAUUGCCAACCUGUCAGUGCAGCGACAGUUCUUUCCCACUGAUGAAGAUGAAACAGGAGCCGCCAAGGCCUUGAUGAGACUUCAGGACACAUACAAACUGGACCCAGACACAAUUUCCAAAGGGGAGCUUCCAGGAACCAAGUACCAGGCAGUGCUGAGUGUGGAUGACUGCUUUGGGAUGGGCCGCUCGGCCUACAAUGAAGGAGACUAUUACCACACAGUGCUGUGGAUGGAACAGGUGCUGAAGCAGCUCGAUGCAGGGGAGGAGGCCACCACAUCCAAGGCCCAGGUGCUGGACUAUCUGAGCUAUGCUGUCUUCCAGUUGGGUGACCUGCACCGUGCCCUGGAGCUCACCCGCCGACUGCUCUCCCUUGACCCAAGCCAUGAACGAGCUGGAGGGAAUCUGCGCUACUUUGAACGGUUGUUGGAGGAAGAAAGAGAAAAGAUGUUAUUGAAUCACACAGAAGCUGAGCUAGCACCCCAGGAAGGCAUAUAUGAGAGGCCUGUGGACUACCUGCCCGAGAGGGAUAUCUACGAGAGCCUCUGUCGUGGGGAGGGUGUCAAACUGACACCCCGAAGGCAGAAGAGGCUUUUCUGUAGGUACCACCAUGGCAACAGGACGCCACAGCUGCUCAUCGCCCCUUUCAAAGAGGAGGAUGAGUGGGACAGUCCACACAUCGUCAGGUACUACGAUGUCAUGUCUGACGAGGAAAUCGAGAGGAUCAAGGAAAUUGCAAAACCCAAACUUGCACGAGCCACUGUUCGUGAUCCCAAGACAGGUGUUCUCACUGUUGCCAGCUACAGAGUUUCCAAAAGCUCCUGGCUGGAGGAGGAUGAUGACCCUGUUGUGGCUCGGGUGAAUCUUCGGAUGCAGUACAUCACAGGCCUAACAGUAAAGACUGCAGAAUUGUUGCAGGUUGCUAAUUAUGGAAUGGGAGGACAGUACGAGCCACACUUUGACUUCUCUAGGAAGGAUGAGCAAGAUGCUUUCAAGCAUUUAGGGACGGGGAAUCGUGUGGCCACGUUCUUAAACUACAUGAGCGAUGUGGAAGCUGGUGGUGCCACUGUCUUUCCUGAUCUGGGGGCUGCACUUUGGCCUAAGAAGGGCACGGCUGUAUUCUGGUACAACCUCCUGCGGAGUGGGGAAGGUGACUACCGAACGAGACAUGCUGCCUGCCCCGUGCUUGUGGGCUGCAAGUGGGUCUCCAAUAAGUGGUUCCAUGAACGAGGACAGGAGUUCUUGAGGCCAUGUGGAUCAACAGAAGUUGACUGACAUCCUUUUCUGCCCUUCACCUCCCUGGCCCCACAGCCCAUGUUGUCUUCAAGUUCAACGUGACAGACCCCCUCUACUUUCCAGCCUUUGUCAGGCGGGUCUUUGGAGGUGUGAAUGUUUGUCUGGAGCAGAGAUGGUCCUGGGGAAGGUCCUGGGUGACUUGGGUGACCUGGGUCCCAGCCUCACCAGUCAGCUAUCUCUGGCCGCAAGGGUAGGGCUGGAGCCGAGUCAGGUGGUCUAGUACCUAGCAAGGUGCUUUUGUACCUCAGGUGCUUUAGGUGUGAGAUGUUUCAGUGAACCAAAGUUCUGAUACCUUGUUUACAUGCUUGUUUUUAUGGAAUUUCUAUUAAUGUGGCUUUAACCAAAAAAUAAAAUGUCCCUGCCAGAAGCCUUAAA